UGUAACCUUAUUUUUCCUGGGAGGUUCAUCUAGGUUGGCAGGGUGCCAUGGCAUCUGGACCCAACAUGACGGUCCCCAUCUGUCUGGUGGAAAACAACCAUGAGCAGCUGUCAGUGAACCAGAGAGCGAUAGAGAUUCUUGACAAGAUUUCUCAGCCAGUGGUGGUGGUGGCCAUUGUAGGACUGUACCGUACAGGCAAAUCCUACUUGAUGAACCGCCUUGCAGGACAGAACUGCGGUUUCCCUCUGGGCUCCACAGUGCAGUCUGAAACCAAGGGCAUCUGGAUGUGGUGUGUGCCUCACCCCUCCAUGCCGAACCACACCCUGGUCCUUCUGGACACCGAGGGCCUGGGGGAUUUGGCAAAGGGUGACCUUAAGAAUGACUCGUGGAUCUUUGCCCUGGCCGUGCUUCUGAGCAGCAGUUUUGUCUAUAACAGCAUAAAUACCAUCAACCACCAGGCCCUGGAGCAGCUGCAUUACGUGACAGAGCUCACAGAACUAAUCCGGGCAAAGUCUUCCUUAAGACAAGAUGGAGUAGAAGAUUCCACAGAAUUUGUGAGUUUCUUCCCAGACUUUAUCUGGACUGUACGGGAUUUUACCCUGGAGCUGAAGUUAGAUGGUUAUCCUAUCACAGAAGAUGAGUACCUGGAGAAUUCCUUGAAGUUGAUCCCAGGCAACAAUCCCAGAAUCCAAGCAUCCAAUCUACCCAGAGAAUGUAUCAGGCAUUUCUUUCCAAAAAGGAAGUGUUUUGUCUUUGAUCGCCCAACAAAUGACAAAAAACUCCUAGCCAAAAUGGAGAAUGUGCGUGAAGAUCAACUGGAUCCUCAAUUCCUAGAGCAAACAAACAAUUUCUGUUCUUACAUCUUCACCCAUGCAAAGACCAAGACCCUCAGAGAGGGAAUCAUAGUGACUGGGAAUCGGCUGAGGACUCUGGUGGUGAACUAUGUGGAUGUUGUCAGUAGUGGAGCAGUGCCUUGCUUGGAGAAUGCAAUAACAGUUCUGGCCCAGCUUGAGAACUCAGCGGCUGUGCAGAAGGCAGCCGACUGCUACAGUGAGCAGAUGGCCCAGCGAGUGAGGCUCCCCACAGAUACACUCCAGGAGCUGCUGGACGUGCACAUGGCCUGUGAGAGGGAAGCCAUUGCAGUCUUUAUGGAGCACUCCUUCAAGGAUGAAAAUCAAGAGUUUCAGAAGAAUCUUGUGGAAAUCAUAAAGGAUAAGCAGGAGGAUUUCUUGCUACAGAAUGAAUUGGAAUCUGUCAAAUACUGCCAGGCUACACUUAAUCAGCUUUCAAAGGCACUAACGGAAAAUAUUUCAGCAGGAAUCUUCUCUGUUCCUGGAGGGCACAAGCUGUACAGGGAAGCAAAGCACAUGAUUGGACAGAGCUAUUGGCAAGUGCCAAGGAAAGGAGUGAAGGCAAAUGAGGUCUUCCAGAGCUUCCUGCUGUCACAGGUAGCAAUAGAGAAAUCCAUCCUGCAGGCAGAUAAAGCCCUCACUCAAGGGGAAAAGGCCAUAGCAGUGGAGCGGGCCAAUAAGGAGGCAGCCGAAAAGGAACAGGAGUCGCUAAGUCAGAAACUCCAGGAGCAGCAGGAACAGAUGGAGGCACAACAGAAGAGUCUCCAGGAAAACAUAGUUCAAUUGACUGAGAAGCUGGAGAGGGAAAGAGAAAACAUGAUCAGAGAACAGGAUAUGAUGUUGGAGCACAAGCUGAGGAUCCAAGAAGAUCUUCUUAAUGAAGGAUUUAGAAAGAAAUCUGAAGAGAUGAAUGCAGAGAUAAAGCAAUUGAAAAAGAUGAUUGAUGCUACUAAAAAUGAUGAAUGUGUCUGGUUGGCAGUAGUUCUGGACAGACUUUGCCAUGAUAUCACUUCAAUAUUUUCUUUUCCUGGCAAACUUCUUGGAUAAACUCACUACUUAAAUGAAUUAGCUCACCUUUUAAACAACUUAGAGAAUGUGUAUAUAUGUUAUGGCCUAUUUUUGGUGUGUAUGCAUUUUACUUUCAUACCACAAAGUUUUAAAUAAAAAAUUUCAAGUUUUUUUAUUGGCCCACA